UCUGCUGCGGUUCUGUUGCGGUUCUGCGCAGCAACAAUGUGUUCCGUUGAGCCUCUGAGGGAGUUUAUCAGAGAGAGACUAACUGCUGCUGCUGAAGAAAUCUUCACCCAGCUGGAAAAACCAUCGUCCGGUACGAGGAGGAGAUCGACCGGCAGCGGAGGCUGCUGGACCUCAGCUGGACCCGAACCGAGCAGAACCCCGCAGGUCGGUCCGCUGGACCUGGUAAAGCUCGGAACCAGCUUCUGUUUGUCACAGGGUGGUUCUGAUGGUCCAGUGAGAGGUCCGGUAAACGGAGCCAGAUCCGAUUCUAUAAACUCUGAAUUCAUAAAACUGGACCAAGCGGGUCAGAAUUUGGACCUGUCUCACCAAGCUGGUACCAGGACCAUGGGUUGUUCCCCCGCAGACCUCCACCUGCAGGCCGGUUCUGGACGAGAUGAGCUCUGGUGUGGACCCGGAGGAACCAGAACUCCCACAGAUUAAAGAAGAACAGGAGGAAUCAGAGCAUGAGCUGGACAAAGAUGAAUAUGUAGAAGUGCACAUUGGUGAGGAUGAGGAGGAGCUGGUGCUGCAGCAGGAGCAGGAAACUGACCCAGACAAACCAGAACCAGAGCAGAACCAGGCCCGGUCCCAAAGCUCUGCUGAGGCUGAGAGGGUGGAUCAGAAAAGAGGUGAUGAAGAAGCAGAGAAGGAACCUGGCAGUGUAGGAACAUCUGUCAGUUCUGAGGCUGGGACCGGUUCCGACCCGAAUAGAAAGCCCUCUCAGUGUGACGUGUGUGGAAAACAUUUCACUCAGAGUUACAACAUGAAGGCUCAUCUCCGGAUCCACUCAGGCGAGCGGCCGUACUCCUGCCAGGUCUGCGGGAAAAACUUCAUCAAAUACGACAACAUGCUGGUCCACAUCAGAACCCACACGGGUCAGAAACCUUACUCCUGUCCGACCUGCAGCAAGCGCUUCAGCCAGCGCAGCAACCUCACCUUCCACAUGAGGAUCCACGUCGACGACAAGCCCUUCACCUGCAACACCUGCGGGAAGAGCUUCACCUCCAGUGGUCACCUCACCAUCCACAGCAGAACCCACACAGGAGAGAGGCCCUACCUGUGCAACGUCUGUGGGAAAAGCUUCAGCCAGAGCGGCGGCCUGUCGGCCCACCGGAGGACCCACACCGGUGAGCGGCCGUUUACCUGCAAGGUGUGCGACAAAGCCUUCAUCAGGAGCGAUGAGCUGCUGGUCCACAUUCGAAUCCACACCGGGGAGAAGCCAUACACCUGCAAGAUCUGCUCCUGGAGCUUCGCCCGCAGUUGCCACCUGACCACCCACAUGAGGACCCACACCGGGGAGAAACCCUACUCCUGCCGAAUGUGUGGAAAGAGCUUCAGUGAGAACCGCGGCCUGACCGCCCACGUCAGAACGCACACAGGCGAGAGGCCCUUCUCCUGCGACACCUGUCACAAGGCCUUCACAGACAAACGCAAUCUGACCACUCAUGCCAGGACCCACACGGGCGAGAAGCCCUUCUCCUGCUGCAUUUGUGGGAGGAGCUUUGCAGAGAACCGGAGCCUGACGGGCCACAUGACCACACACACGUGGGAGCGGCCCUUUUCCUGCAAAGUCUGCCAAAAGGGCUUCACUCAGAGCGGCAAGCUGGCCGCUCACAUGAGGCAACAUAGAGAAGACAACGUUUAGGUGCACCUGCUGAUUUUAUUCAGAAGAAGAAACUGGGAAACAGAAGGAGCUUCUUAAGUCAUUGUGUUUGUAGGAGCAUAAAAUUCCUUUAGGGAAUAAAUUUGGUCGGUGCUAAUAAGUCAUAUUUUGGGCUUCUGCUGAAAUUUAAAAAUAAUUUCAAAGUCCAGUUCUGGUGUCCUGAGCAUAUAGUUCAGAGCCUCCGCUCACAAAGUAACUCCUGGCUAGCUCGCCAUAUUUAGCGCUGGACUCGUUAGGUGGUCCGACUGCAGGGAAGACUCUCCGUCUACCUGAACUGUCCUCUUGUUGCACAAAGGUAUCUGCUGUUUGUUGAACUGUUUCAACCCAGAACCGGUGGACGUGAUAUGUGAUUGGUCAGGAGUUUGUAGAUGAGUUUUAUGUAGAAAUGCGCUCAGACAGCAGAAAUGAUAUUUCACGAGUUCGCUUCCACUAUCUGUUUGUGUAUCCGCAGGCGACAUGAAUAAAUGUCUAGCUGAGGCAUUUUGUCCCCGGAAGCAUGUUCCUGCGCACUCUUCCUAUUGCCCAUAUAUGGAAGACGCUGUGACAGAGCUGACUCAUUAUG